GUAAAGGCCGCAGUAUCUGGGACACGUUCACGUCAGACAGCAGUCACGUGACCGGAGGUGGGGACGCCAAACAGUCAGCAGACACCUACCACCACGUCGACGAUGACGUGGCUUUGCUGAAAGACCUUGGGGUUAGCAGCUACAGAUUCUCCAUCUCCUGGCCUCGAAUCUUCCCCGACGGCACGAAUAAAAACGUGAACCAGGCAGGUGUUAACUUUUACAACACUUUGAUUGACAAGCUUUUGGCCAAUCAGAUCACGCCAUUCGUCAGCCUGUACUACUGGGACCUCCCCCAGGCCCUGCAGGACAAAGGCGGUUGGUCCAAAGUAGAGUCGGUCAGGUGGUUCGGCGACUAUGCUGACUUCUGCUUCAAGACUUUCGGCGACCGGGUGAAAUCUUAUGACUUUAUCGGACUGAGUCACUUCACCAGCCGUCUGGUCUCUGAGGCUGCCGGAGUGUGUAGUGGUGCUACUGUUGGUUUCUUCUGUGAUCAGGGGCUCAAGAUGGAGACAGAUCUGUCCUACCCCAAAUUGGAGUACCGGCCGGAAGUGAACCCGACCAGUGAGCGUCGUCUGAUGGGCUUCGGCCUGCUGGAGCUGCUGAAACACGUGACGUCAGACUACAACAAGCCUGUGAUUUACGUCACGGAAAACGGACUGUCCAGCUGUGGCACGCUCAAAGACCAGAACCGGGUGGACUAUCUCCGGGAGUACAGCAACAACGUGCUGGCUGCUAUCAAGGCCGGAAGUGACGUGCGUGGCUACUUCGUGUGGUCACUCCUGGACGGCUUCGACUGGUCACUGGGCUACACCAGCAAGAGCGGCCUGUACUACGUGGACAUGGGCCGGGGAGAGAGGCCUCGCUUCCCGCGCUCCUCCGCCACUUUCUACAAGAAGAUGAUCGCAAAUAACGGACUCACUGACGAGCUCGUCACCUAUAGGGCUUACCCAGCUGACCGGGACGUGUUCCUAUACGACACCUUCCCGUCAGACUUCAUGUUUGGAGUGGCCACGUCAGCCUACCAGAUAGAGGGUGCAUGGAACCUGGACGGUGAACUUUUACCGUUUCUCCAUCGCCUGGAGCCGGGUGAUGGCUGACGGGACACCUGCUAUCACCAACCAGGCCGGCAUUGACUACUACAACAAACUGAUAGACGCACUUAUAGCUGCUGGGAUCACUCCCGUGGUGACUCUCUACCACUGGGACUUGCCACAGGCCUUGGAGAAUGACGGCGGCUGGAAGAAUGACUCAGUUGUUGAUCAGUUUGAGGCAUACGCCAGACUCUGCUUUGAACAGUUUGGAGACAGGGUCAAGUACUGGAUCACCUUCAACGAGGCGUUUGUGGUCAGUUGGCUGGGCUAUGGUAUCGGCAUCUUCGCCCCAGGCAUCAACGACCCCGGCACCUCGCCCUACAUGGUGGCCCACAACAUCAUCCGCUCCCACAGCCGCGCCUACCACCUCUACAGCAACAACUUCCAGGCAAAGUAUAAAGGUAAGGUCGGCAUCACCCUAGACAUAGAGUGGAAAGAACCUUUGACCGACUCCAGUGAAGACGCCGCGGCCGCUGACAGAGCUAUGCAGUUCAAGCUGGGCUGGUUUGCUAACGCCAUCUUUGCGGGGUCCGGCGACUACCCCCAAGUAAUGAGACAGCUUGUGGACGAGAAGAGCAAGAGACAAGGGCUGGCCAAAUCUAGACUGCCCAGGUUUACAGAGGCCGAGAAAAAUCUCAAUAAAGGCGCCUACGACUUCCUGGCCAUGAACCACUACACGACAAACCUGGUGAACAACCAGCCCAGGCCGAACUCUCAGCCCAACUACGAGCAGGACCAGAACAUCGACACCCGUUACGAUCCCUGCUGGCCAGACACCGACGCGUCGUGGCUCAAGGUGAACCCCUGGGGUAUCCGGAAUCUGCUGAGAUGGGCACGUGACCACUACCACAACCCGGAGAUCAUCAUCAGCGAGAGUGGACGUCCGGACGGGGAAGACCUCACUGACGACGGACGCAUCUACUACUACAAGUACUACAUCAACGAGUUGCUCAAAGCGAUCAAACUGGAUGGGGUCAGGGUCAAAGGUUACACGGCGUGGUCACUGAUGGACAACCUGGAGUGGACCAGCGGCUACUACGCCAAGUUCGGCCUCUACCACGUCGACUUCAACAGCCCAAACAGGACUCGAACCCCGCGUUCCUCGGCAACCUUCUAUCAGCAGCUCAUCAAAGACCGCGGGUUUCCCAAACCAGCGUCUUCCAGACGUGUUCGCAGACGCAGUAGAGGUUUUCAUCUAAACUAGGUCAUGGUUUGUACGCACAGGCCUUCGAUUAGCUGGGUGUUGAUCAGCUGUAGACAAGCACGGAUGUUCAUCUACCCUAUUAUAGAGGAAUAAACAGAUACGUCAUUUAUAAUAACUCUGA